CAAGAACUGUCACUAAUUUUAUUCAUCGUCUCCUCGUGGGCAUGUAAAGUUGCGAGAAGAUGUAUUGGUGUCGUAAACGUAAACACGGGAACUAAAGUAUGUGAACUUUUCAAAAAUAUUUCGUUUGUGAGAGUAAUUUUUACUCGUAGUUUUAAAAAUAGUAGCCGUGAAUUUGGAUUACAAGCCUUUCUGAACUGUUAUUAACCUACAGGUCAUCUAAUUGGAUAUAAUGGUUCGCUAUGUAUUAAACGUAUUUUUGUUUAGACUACUACUACCAGUAAUCAUCACAUUAUGUAUACUGUUCCGACCAUGCCUGUUUUCGUUCAUAUACCUACUAUACAUGUUCCUGAUACCUUUUCUUCCAGUGCCAUCGUCGACCACUUUAACAGGCUCGACGGGAAUAUUCCUCAAGGUUACACUGGGCAUCACAGGCUUGUUAACGCUAGUACAAACGGCAUUUCAAAUCGCCUUAGUUGUAGCAAAACCAUACGCCCAGUUUUUAGAUGACAGUCCGACGACAGAAGACAUUCUAUUCUAUAUAGGAUUAGUUAAGUUAAAUAACCUUAGUGUAGCUUAUAUUCUAGUAUGGAUUGGACCAGAAUUUCUAAUGAUGAUCACUCUGUUGGCUGUUUUCUUUGCUUUGAGAAAGAUCAAUCCUGUAGAAGAAGUGGUUGUACAAAGUGAAACCGGAACAGUCGAUAUCACCCUGAAACCUCAACAAAAGACAGACUAUACACAAUACUUCGUGGCAGUAGGUCGCUAUGUAACAUUGAUAAUGUUAUGCUUAGCAGGAAUUUUAAGACCGUCAGUAGAAGGAGGAGUAUAUUAUUUGCUAUUUUUAGCAAUGGCGACGUGGUGGGCGUGCUAUAAACAAUUGAAACGAGGAUUUGCCAUUGUUUUACGAUGUCUUAUUCCUUUCGUUCUUCUGCAUCUGUGUGCUUUAUACAUAAUUAAUUUCAAGUAUAUUCAAACUUAUCUUCCAGAAGAUGGUCCGUAUGCGAGAUAUUUCGACUUGGCGCCUUUUGUUACAACAACAUUAACAUCAGGAACACUACCUAGUAACGUUACCGAUACUCUUAAUGUCAAUAUAACCAUGCCAAUUAUUAGUCAUAAUAAUAGCACAUCUACCAUUCAUAAGAGUACAAACCUCACCAUGGACAGUGACGAUAGAAGUUUAUUGUACUUUUUUCAUAGAGAAGUUACUUUUUAUGUCUACCCUGUAAUUCUUUACUUAUUAUUUUUCUUAUUAGUACUUGAGAGUAACGAACUCUUAAAACCGGAGCCAAUAAGGAAGAGUGGAGUGCCUUUUCCUAGUGCGGAUAGUAGAUUAUCUAGAAAAGUUUCUUCAAGAUUGUCUAAACAAAAACUUUUAACACCCACUGCUGCUCAGAAAUGGCAAAAAGCUUCUCGUAAAGUUCGAAUGGCUUUAAAGAAAGAACUUGCUGAAGCCACAGAAUCGACGCCAUUAUUACGAGGUCCAACCAGACGAUCAAAACGCAGUCCUGGAAGAGUUUUCCAGGACUCCACUGGAAGUGUAACCGUAACCGGUGAGAACGAGGAUAUACCUAUGGAUGUUUUUGGUACGGUUUCUUUUUCAGAAGAAGAAGAAGAAGAAUAUGAUUAUACUCUAUUUCACAACAUUAUUUUUGCACUGGAUGCCAUUAUGCAAUAUGUAGUUCGAUCAUCGUACAUAGCAACCAAUAUAAUUAUGAUGGCAUGGAGUAUAACAUACUUAAGUUGGAUAACAUUUGUGCUUCUCCUUUGGGCCAACUUGAUCUGGCUUAUACCCAAUCAAAGGAAACGCAUGCUUAUGUCCAGUCCAUUUCUGGUCCUCUAUGCGCUCUUCUUACUAUUAUCGACCUAUAUAUAUUCUCUAAGACUUACCGAUGACGAGUUACCAUCCUCAGUAGAUUUGGAUGAAAUAGGAUUUAAAAAACCAGAAGGGCCUGCGUUUAUACCUCUGUUGGUUAAGAGUCUUUAUACUGUGAUGUUUUGGAUUACUUUAAGGCAGUACAUGCAUGAAAAAAUGGAACAGAAGCAGACUAGCGCCUUGGCAGAUAUGGUAGCUCCUUUACAAGUUACUGUUGGAACUGCUACAGGCGUUAAAAAAGAACAAGAAACGGGAGGAAGCAAGUUCAUGACCAAAUUGGGCCAAUUCAUCAAUCAUUUUCUUAUUAAAUUUUGGAUAUGGGUUGUAGCAAUAACUUUGUUUGCAGUAGCUAUAACCGGUUCUAGAAUGACCGUUUUCAGAAUAUUAUACAUGACUCUGUUCUUAUUUUUUAUACUCUCGUUCCAAUUUUCAUUCAGAGCUUGGAGAAAAGUAAUGUUCGGUUUUUGGUUGACGGUAAUUAUAUAUUCUAUGAUCAUAUUAAUAUUGAUAUACACUUACCAGUUCAAGCGGUUUCCUUCUUAUUGGGCAUCAUAUCUUCACAUACAAGAAGAGCAGCAACACGAUAUAGGAUUAGAACAGUAUAAGACGAAACAAUUAUUCGUAAGGCUGGUGACUCCCACAUUCUUCGUAAUUGUAACCGUUAUACAGUUACAUUACUUCCACAACGACUUCAUGAAACUUACAGACCCCAAACGCACUCCACCUCCUAAAAGUCCAAAAACAGAUCCAGAUAAACCCGAAUCAGAUGUGGUAAGAAAUGAAAGCUUAGAAGAAAGCUCUAUGCAGGGCGGAGCUUACAUGGACAGAAGCAGAGAAUCGACUUCUAAAUACUAUUCAGAGCAAGAUCUUACAAUUGUGCCGUCAGUGAUAAUGGCAAAAUGGUAUGAAAAACUGUUAAAGGCUUUUUUGUAUACAAAACAUGUGUUCUUUCUAUUUUUGGAAAUACAUAUGUUGAAGAUAGUACUAUUCUUCGCCAUGUUGAUGUGUAUAUACGACAAAGCUGCUCUGUACUUUAUCAUAGUGCUACUUACAACGUUUUCGUUCACCUUUGGUCGAAGUGUGCAGAUGUUUACAACAUAUUUUACGUCUGUCUUUGUUUCUGCACUUAUAUUGGGUCGUAUGAUUUACCAAAUAUCGUAUAUUAAUGAAAAAUCAUGGGAUGUCAAUUGUACGUUUCACAACACGAAGGAUAUAAACGAGACCACUGUGAACAACGGCCCUUGGCUUGGUUUUGGCAAACUUUCAGAGAUAGAUCAAAACCUACCAGGAAUCGUUCGUUGGAAUAUCAUAUUUAUAGUGAUAAUGACACUGUGGAAAGUCGUUGAGGUGCGACAGUUUAAUUAUCGAUUAUCACGAGAUCGUUCGACCGAGAGAAGGUUUUUCAUGUUUCCGAGAAUAACCAGAGAUGACGCUGAUAAAGACUUGAGACACUUUGCAAAGUAUAUGGCAAAUUAUGGAUUUUAUAAGUUUGGAGUAGAGAUCAGUUUCAUAUUGAUGGUAGUGUUGAUAGGUGUCAGAAUGGAUUUAUAUUCUUUGCUUCAUAGCAUGUGGCUUUUAAUAUUAUUCGCUAUGCCUAGAAGAAUAUUAUCACAAGUAUGGCUGAUUUAUUUGGUGUUUAUAGCUAUCUCGAUACCAUUCCAAUAUUUCCAUGCCGUUGGAUUGCCACCAAGUCUCUGUAUAGAGUAUCCUUGGAGCGUACGUGAUCUCAUUCUAAGAAGGUUACAAGAAUGGGCAUUCCUUCUAGAUAAUUUCGAACCCCCACCGGUUCGAAAGUUAGUUUUUGAUGUUAUGUUACUAAUGGCCGUAGCUCGACAGUGGGUUGUAUUCAGAAUAGAAAGACGGUACGCUGGUAAGGAUUAUGCAGGAGGAUCCAAUGAAAGCAUCAUUCACCAUGCCGAAGAAAAAGAUUUUGUAAAUCCCGUACCAGACUACAUAACUUUUGUACGAUCCUACUUGGACAUCUGUAAAAAAGCAAUUCUUCAAAGUUUCUUAUGGAUAACACUAGCUGUAGUAUUUUGGGCUGGAACCUCUCGUACCAACAUAUUUUCAUUAGGAUAUCUGUUGUGUGCAUUCAUAUUUUUGUGGCAUGGAUCAGACUUCUAUUUGCGACCAAUUCCGAAAAUUCUUCGAUAUUGGCAAGCUCUUUUAGGUUUCAAUGUAGCAGUGAUUUUCUUUAAAUGCGCCUUCCAAAUAUUAGGAUGUAUAUACCCAACCUACAUUCCAAACAAUCUUUGUUGGUUAAUUCAGAUAUUUGGAAUCACUUGCGUCCGAAACUAUUCGACUGUAGUACCACCGAAAUCCAUAAUCGAAAUUUUAGACGACAAGACUGAUUGUACUAUCCCGUCGGAAGGAAUUACAUGGGAUGUCAUUUGCUUCAUCAUGUUGAUUCUACAGAAAAGACUUUUCAACAGUUAUAACUUUUUCCAUAUUGUAGAUGAUACGAAAGCAACGGCGAUUUUAGCAUCUAGAGGUGCUGAACUUAUGGAAGAAAUGAGGCAAAAAACGAUGAAAGAACAAGAAGAGAUAGAAAAGAGAGUUCUUGAGAAAAUAAGGGAAAAGAUGGAACGGAUUAAGGCGAAUCAACAAAAAAUUCAAGGUGAUAGCUUAGUUUCUGACAAUCAUUUUAUAGAUUCAAUCUCUACCGGUAGACACACACAAUAUAAAAUCAAACCUCCAGUGACGUAUAAACAGGCUAUAAGGUCGGGUGAUUAUUACAUGUUUGAUGAAAUAGAAGAUGAUGAUAUAGAUCUACUUCCCGAAGAACAGAAAUCCCUUGACGAAUUUGACGUUGGAUUAACACCGUAUCUAGGAGAGCUUUUUAACACAAUUGUUAGAGAGGAUAUCAAUAAAGCACUCCUGCAUCGGACACAUACGAUGAGGGAAUCUCGCCAUAGCAUUAUGUUGCACAGACAGACGUCUAUGCCUGUAGAUAGAAGAAGCGAUCGUCCCCAUUUGGCAUCAACGUUUUCGGCUCCUCCUACAAUUGCAGAACAUGAACCUAAGAGUGUGAGAAUUCAAGAUGAACCUCAACCUAGUACCAGUCAAGAAAGGGAUGAAGAUUUUAGUUCUUUGACAGAACCCAAAGCAACAAUUGGACAGAAGAUAUUUGAAAUUUUAUAUUUGGUAUGGGCAUUUAUCGAUGGUAUAUUGAUCAGCUUGACUCGCUUUUUAAACAAGUAUUCUAGAAACUACAGAGUUAUUUUAAAAGUUUUGGCUAAGGAGAAAAAAAUUCUCAAGGAACAAACCAACUACAACAUUGGUGUCCGUAUGGGUACCGAUCAAAUUUGGCAACCUGCAGGUUCUUACAAUAGCCUUUUAAGGAACUCAAGAAAAUCUGAUCAAGCUGCCCAAUUAAGUCCAUAUAUAGAUCCUGGUGACGAAAUGUCGUCCGUAGAUCAACCGACCAUAUUCAGAUUCCUUUUAGCCUGCUGGUACCUCAUAAUGAGUAGAUCAGAAAUUGUUUGCUACUUUGUAAUCUUCUUCAACCAACUUCGGAACUCGAAUUUGAUAUCUCUGCCGUUACCUCUCAUGGUAUUCUUUUGGGGAUCUUUAACCAUACCAAGACCAUCGAAGACCUUCUGGGUUACGAUAAUAGCUUACACUGAAGUCGUCGUACUAUUAAAAUUGGUCUUCCAAUUUGAUAUCAUGCCUGGAAAUAGAAUGAGGGAGCAUACAGAAUUCUUAACGUCAGUUAGUGAAAGCAAUCCCUUUUAUCCGCCAGUGUUAAUUGGUUUACACAAAACUAAAGAUAUGCAGGCAGUAUGGGAUCUGUUGUUGCUGCUAGUAGUAUUUUUCCACAGAGUUCUUUUGAAGUCUAUGGGCAUAUGGAGUUCAACGGCACCGGUAACAGCAGCCCUUAUACCCGAUGGCGAUUAUAAAGUUGAUGACGAACAGUUAAUACCUUUAGAUGAUAAUAUGGAAGAAGACGAUGAAAUAAAAUCCGAUGAAAGUCAACCAUCCACUUCUACACCAAAGUCCAAGUCUGUCACAAGACGUUCAGCGGAACAAGAAGAUGUUGUAGUUAUAAAAAGUGAGAGAUUAAGAAAAAUACAUAAUGCCGUCAUGGCAAUUCGUAUGGGGUUGGGUAAAUACGCCGAGGAGUUAAAACUAUUUAUACAACAACUACUAGAUCCUACUUCAAGAGUCACAGCUGAUGUAUACUCUUUCAUGUUCCUGUGUGAUUUUAUAAACUUCUUUGUAAUUUUAUUUGGAUUUAACGCAUUUGGAACGCAGCAAGAUGGAAGUGUUUCUGACUAUUUAAAAGACAACAAAGUUCCACCUCUAUUUCUUUUUAUGCUAAUAUUCCAGUUUAUGUUGAUAAUCAUAGACAGAGGAAUAUACCUAAGAAAAAAUAUUCUAGGAAAAAUAAUCUUCCAAUUUCUGCAAAUUAUUAUACUUCAUGUAUGGUUAUUUAUUUUGUUCCCAAUUAUAACAAAGAGUGCUUGUAACACCCUAUUACCUCCACAAAUCUACUAUAUAGCCAAAUGUAGCUACCUCUUACUAUCAGCAUACCAAAUCAGAUGUGGAUAUCCAACAAGAAUCCUAGGAAAUUUCCUAUGCAAAGGAUACGGUUAUAUAAAUAUGUUCCUAUUCAAAGGUUUUAUGUUAGUACCAUUUUUGUUUGAAUUAAGGACUUGCAUGGAUUGGAUGUGGACAGAAACUUCCAUGGCAAUUUUCGAUUGGAUUAAAUUGGAGGAUAUUUUCCAACAUAUAUUUUUAUUAAAAUGUUCCAGAAACGUUGAAGAUGAAUUCCCUCAACCUAGAGCCCAGGAAAAGAGCCGAACAGUCAAAUAUUUUAUGGGUGGAGCUUUAUUAGCAGUAAUUAUAGGCAUAAUUUGGUUCCCACUCGUGUUUUUCUCCUUGGGUGAUGCUGUGGGAGACCCCAAUAUACCGUCUGAUGUUGCUUUAGAAGUUCGUAUUGGACCAUACGAACCAAUUUACAAGAUGACGGUGCAAGCUAAUUCAAUCUUCCAAUUUAACGAAAACCAGUUAGUAGAAUUGAAAAAAAUUUACAACGCCUAUCAAGUAUCCGAGAACUUUAUAUUUAAAUAUGAGGCUGUUGAUAUUGCUGCGAUUAAAUUGAAUACUGAUUCUGCUAAUAUCUGGAGUAUAUCACCGCCAGAUAGACAACGUAUGCUUGCUGAAAUUAAUUCCACAAAACCUCUAAAGGUUAGACUUGAGUAUAAAAUAACGCAUAAGACCAGCAAAGCAGAAGAUUCUGGCAUAAUUACAAAUGCAAGAGAAAUUCAGUUGGAGGCUAGUACGCCUACUAAGAUUAAUGAAGACAGAGAGAAUCUUCUGAGAAUGUUAAGAAAUGAAACUGCAGAGCCAGUACUAUUUCCUUAUUUACUGCCAAAGUUUAUCAAAGUAACGGAUAGGGGCACGGCCGAUCCUAUUAGCGUAUUAAUGUUGGAUAAACCAGAUCAUAGAGCCAUGGAAUUUCGAAAUUUAUCCAUCAGACUACUUAGAGACAAUGAGGGCAAUUUGGAACAAGCAUGGUGGAAAGUGAAUGAAAUGUGCGGUGACCCGAAUUACGAAAACUUUUUGGAUAAAAUUCCGUUAAAUGAUUGCAAACAGUCUGUUAUUUUAUAUACCUUUAACGACAAAGUCUUCCCGCCAACAUUAAACAUUCUUACACAGGGAGGCAUCAUCGGCCUUUACACCACACUCGUUCUCGUUGCAUCGCGCAUACUUCGUGGUUUCUUCGCCGACGGCAUGGCUAAAAUCAUGUUCGAUGAUCUACCCAACGUCGACCGCGUCCUCAGGCUUUGUCUGGACGUUUACCUCGUGCGAGAGGCUCACGAAUUCGCUUUAGAGGAAGACCUCUUCGCCAAAUUGGUGUUCCUCUUUAGGUCGCCGGAGACGCUCAUUAAGUGGACGAGGCCUAAAGAGGAAGUGGCGGACGAUGACGAUCCUGAAGGGGAUGGGGAUUAGAGUUGUACUGUAAAAGGGAAGGAUUGGUUAUGCACAUAUUGAUCUCUAAACGAGAAUAACUUGUAUUGUAUAUUGAUUGUAGUGUUUUUCGGAGAGAUAUUUUUAAAAUGCUAAAGAUAUGCGCCGUAAUAUACAGAGGAUAUAUGUAUAUUAUGUUGAUACAUAAUUGAUAAUGAGAUAUUUGGUUGAUUUAAACUUAAUCGGACUUCUUUUCUAUUCUUUUUGUAUUUCGUCUAUAAUUAAGUCUUAAAAACAUUUUUGUAAUAAAUCAAUUUUAUACUUUUAAUCAAUAGAAAACCAAAAAGUAAAAUUUGUUAUAAUGAAAGCUAUAAUAAUAGUGCUUUUAAAGACUGCUUUCUAAUGGAUUUAAAAGUCCAUCCCUUUUGCAGUUGAAAUUUAUAGUAUACGUUCCAAAACCUAUACUAAAUAACAAUCAUAACAAGUGACUGAAUAAAUUGAGGAUUUAAAACAUAUAUUCAUAAAACAUUAAUGACAGAUUCAAUAACAAGUGUUGAUCACUAAUAGAUGCCUUUUUAUCAUAUGACGAGCGCAUGCGCAGCCACCAUGUUUUUCGUACAGUUUUAAUCAAUAAUUGAGACGUUAGGCACCACUAUUGUUUACUAUAUAAAUAAUAUUUAUAAUUUUGAAUUUUAAUUAAUGAUGUCAAUCGAUUUUCAUUACUUGUUGAAUUAUAUUAAUAAUUAUCAGUAGGUAGUAAUUCCAUGAGAGCUCUAAAAUUAUCGAUUUGUACCCCGAGUGACACUUUGACAGUUCUAAUUUCAAGACCCGAAGGUAGUGAAAUUAUGUCAAAGUGUCAGGAGGGCAAAACAGAUUGGUAAUUUUUAAGAGCUCGAGUAUAAUUCAGUAAGAUUAUUUCAUGAAUGAAACUGUCCUUUAACCAAUAUUUUAUUUAUAUUUUCGCCUGAAUAUUUGCUAAUCCUGUUCAUGGUGUUGUUUUUGACAAGUUAUAAAACAUUAAUUGUCAUUAAUGUCACUGAAUGUUCAUUUUUGCGUAGAAUUGAAGAGCACCUAACGUAAUACUUGGCGACGGAAAAUUAUUGAAAAAAAUUGCCGCUGUAAUUUUUAUUCUUGUAGGUUUCGAUUGGUCAGAAUCUCUAUGAAUGAAAUAAUCAACAUUAUUGGUAUAAUGUAUAAUCAAUAAAAUAUAUCAUUUAAUAUUUUAAGGGUAAAAAUAACAAAUGCAUGUACUGAAUAAAUAUAAUCUAUUAAAAAAAUCAUUUGCUGAUUGAGGCAAAGCUAAUUAAGGUUUUUCUUUAUUUUCGUAUUUCUCUUUUCAAUAACUAGACUUUCUUUGCUAUUUUUUGUUUUAAUUUUGUGUUCAGAUGCACUUUAUUAUUAUUCAUAUUAGUAACCUAACUCAACCUAACAUGUAACAAAAAAUUGUACGAAAAAAAUGGCUGAUACUAUAUUGUGAUGAAAAGUUCUAUUGUGUAGCGUUUUCUUCGUAUACAGCAUAUACACGAAAAAACAAUACUUUGAUAAUACAUUUUGGAACGUUACUACUAAUUUGGUGGGGUUUUUUUUUGGGUUAAUGACGAUUUUUAAAGUAUAUUCGAAAUCAGGGAUGAACAUAUCUAUUUAAUUAAUACGUGUAAUUUUUAUUUUAUAUCGUUGAAAAGUGUGUAUUAUUCUAUUAUUGUUAAUGUUAAAUUUUAAAAUAUCUUUUUUUAUAUAUUUUACACUUGAAAAGCUCAUGAGGGAUAUAGAAGAAAACGAAUAUGUCUUGUGUCAAAUAUUUUUUUUAAUAAAAAAAACCAUAAAAUCCUUCAUAAAAGGUAUAUUUGUUAAAAAUCCUUUUAUAAAGGAUUUUAUGAUUUUUUGUAAUAAAUGGUAUACAGCCAACCACAGGAAAAUUUUUUUCGUCGUGGAUUUUUUUUAAUAUUUCCACUAAAUUUUUAACACCGUUUUCACUUUAUUGUUUUUAUCUUUACUUUCUCACUGUGUUCGAAUAUACUCUAUUGUUAAUUAUAUAUAUUUAAGAAUUUUAUUUAUAGUAAUUUUUACGAAAAAAUGUCCAGAAAAACCAUGACUUAAUUUUAAAAAAUAUUGCUUUGUUCGAUUAUUACAUGGUUUUCUAAUUAUUUUUGUUAAUAAUGCUUUAAUUUUCGCUUAUAAUCUGUGAUUUUAUUGCUAUUCUUUUUAGAUUGUCAUAUAAGUUUAUUUAAGUUACAAGUAAUAGCAGUCAGUGCAGGUCAUUUUAAAUUGUUAUGUAAUUUUGGUUAAAUUGUACUAUUUUUAUAGUAAAAUGAUAAAUAAUAAUUUUGCUGUAAAACGAAAACUAGACGCGUCUUAUAUUUCAAUUCAUUCAGAGAGUCCCAUAUACAUCAUAACUAGUUUCAAGCUCCUUAGCUAUCAUAAGAAAGUGUAUAUAUGACUUUCUCUAAAUGAACUAAAACAAAUCCGACUGCUAGUACCGAAUUACAGCAAAAUAACGUGAUAUGGGUGCCGUGGCGGCAUCUGCUUACAACAAGCGAAAGUUUUACUUCAAUAAAAUUAAAAAUAAUAUUAAAAUAAAACUUUGAUUGAUACUAAUUUUCUGGUAACGCCUUCGCGGUUUCUAUGAUUUGUAAACCACAUGAUUGCUGAGGCAAAGAAGUCUAGAGGAGAUCUAUGAAUUACAUCUCACUUCCUGCAAAAAUUCAAAGUUUCCAAGUGGGAUCAAGUUUUUGUUGGAAUUUUUGCCAAGCAGAGCAGGCAGGAAGUGAGAUGCAAUUCUUAGAUCUCCCCUAGCCUUCCUUGCCUUAGCAUUCGUAUGGUUUGCAAAUUAUAGAGACCGCGAAGGCGUUACCAGAAAAUUGGUCUCAAUAAAAGUUUUAGUUUAAUAUUAUUUUUAAUUUUAUUGAAAUAAAACUUUCGCUUGUAGUAAAAUAAUAAUUUUCCGUGUUUUCAUUACGGGACCUUCAUUAUGGUUCAUUAUAGUUCUUUUUAUAAUUUCAAAUAUAUAUAUAAGCUGUGUUAUAAAACAUCUAGUUUACAGUAAUGAACUGAAAGGCAAAUUAACUUAAUCGUUGAUCUAAAUAACUUAAGAUCUAACUUAAAUAUGCGAAUAUAAAUCAUUUUAACUCAUUUUUUUUAAAGUGACAUACAGUGACUACUAUAACAUUAUGUUUAUUUUAUUUCAAACUCGUUAUUUUGUGGUAAUUUUAUUGUUUUGUCAUUUUUUAACAUUUCAUAUUCAUAUCAUCUGAAAUUUUAAAAUAUCAUCUCAGGUAUAGAUUAGAUAUAAGUCGUAAGUUUUUGUGUAUCAAAAGUAUCACAUGUAUGUAGGUGUGGUUGAUAUGUUCUUUUAAUUUAUAUGCAGAGUGUAAUAUUUUUUAUAUGAUGGGUUUAUAAAUAGACCGCUAUAUUCAGACGUAUGUCAUAGGCAAUGCUGUCUGCCAGUACAUUGGUACCUUCUUUUUCGUAUGAUUGUUUCUUCUUCUCGUGAUGUUGUCGAACGCUAACUCGUAUCGUAUUUGCUCGCUUUGUGUUAACCUUUUGAAUGCUGCUGUUGGAGCACGCCAAAUAGAAUUCUAUUUUAGUGACGUCACGUUGCCUAGCAACCGUCGAUUCUCCCAUUAUGAAAUUCUAUUUUGUGACGUCAGCAAAAUAGAAUUCUAUUUGGCGUGCUCUGGGCCCAUAUGACGCCGAAGAACGUCAUAUCGUUACUAAUGUCAGGUGCGCAUGACGUCAUAUGCGGAUAUGCACAACAUUCGUUUAGAAGUUACUACAUAUUGGUUUGAAUUUGACUUACACAAGAUGUCUUUGUAUUAAGUAUGUAGAUAAAAGUGUUUUUAUAACGUCAGUUUAGAUUCAUAUGAAUAAAGCAAUUCCAGGGCUAUCUCGACCAAAACACUACAAUGUAAAUGCAGCUAAAAAUCGAGUUAGCACCCAGCUCACGUUGGGCAUAUUUCGUCAGCAAUGAAAGGGUUAAAUAAUUAUGAAAAAAUCUGUGUUAUUUACAUGUAACCAGUUUGUCAGAUUUUAUACCUAUCAAGUUUUAAUUUUUUAAUAAUUUUAUGCCAGAUAUCUUUCCAUUUUAUGCCAGACAUCUAAAUAUGCAUGUUUCAAUUCCUUAAACGGAACUAUUAUUAAAAUGAAAUUACUUUAAAAUGUAUAAACAUUUUCAAUUUCUUUGCAACACGAAAAUGCAGCAGCUGCAUAACACUCUGGUUAAAUCGGAGAGUGCAGGAAGAGUCUAUACCGGUUUCAGAGGUUUUUUCCUCCUCAUCAGUAGUGACAUAUCCUCUUCUCUCCAAUUUCCCCAGGUAUCAUACUUUGGGCCUACAAAUGCCGCGGAUGAACUAGAGCCAUCUACGGAAAAACAAAAUACGUUAUCAAUCGAAGUAGCACAGAAAACGACAAUAAAUAUCGUUCCCAUAUCACCAGAUUGACAACAGGUGGAAUACUUUCUUUGGUUACACCUCCUGAGAUUUUUAAAAUGUAUAAAUCAAACAGGAUGCCGAGGAAAUUAAGAUGAGAGAAUUUUAAAUAAUUCACAACCCAUCUGCUCAGCGUGGUAAGGCCCAAAGUAUGAUACCUGGGGAAAUCGGAGAGAAGAGGAUAUGGGACUACUGAUGAGGAGGAAAAAACCUCCGAAACCGGUAUAGACUCUUCCUGCACUCUCCGAUUUAACCAGAGUAUUAUGCAGCUGCUGCAUUUUCGUGUUGCAAAGAAAUUGAAAAUGUUUUUAUACAUUUUAAUUCAUUUACUCUUUUGUUGAGUACUAAGGAAUCUUUCUUGUUGGAACUUUUACCACGCUGAGCAGAUGGAACGUGAAUUAUUUAAAAUUCCCUCAUCUUAAUUUCCUCGGCAUCCUGUAUGAUUUAUAAUUUUUGAUAAUCUCGGGAGGUUGUAACCAAAGAAAGUAUUACACCUGUUGUCAAUCUGGUGGUAUGGGAACGAUAUUUAUUGUCGUUUUCUGUGCUACUUCGAUGAUAACUUACUUUGAAAUGACUUGUUCAUUGAAGGGAUUAGGUUUUUGCAUGUCCCCUUUUCGGAAAGGUAUUCCGUAGUCUUUCUAUAUAUCCUUUGCCUCUUGGAUUGUAAUUGAGUAUUAUUUUCUUUUCUUGUAGUCCUUUACUUUCCAUCCUGUAAUACGUUCAAAAUAUUUGACGAUCUAGAACUGGAAGGUGUGGACACCUUCACAUACCUAGGGUAACUGUUGACUAAAGAUAACGCCAGAAAAGAAAUUAAAAGAAGAAUAGUGUUUGCCAAUAAGUGUUUCUAUGGCUUGAGAAGACAGAUGGUCACAAAACGUUAUCAUCGGAGCUAAUGGUCAAAUAGUAAAAAGUACCGCCACAAUUGAGGUGUAAUCAUGUGCAUCUUAUGAAUAUAAAUGUGAUUUUUGAUUGCAAAUGCUAACUUCUUUGUCCUCCUUACAACAUCAAACAGUAAAAAACAGAAAAAACGGCCACAUACACGUUGCACAAACACAUAAAAACUUUUUUCAUGGUAUGGGUGUAGGCAUCACCCAUCCAUUCUUGGCCUAGUAGUGUUUGCCAAUAAGUGUUACUAUGGCUUGAGAAGACAGAUGGUCACAAAACUACCCAGAAAAAUUAAAGCAAUUGUCUAUAAUAAAGAAAUGAAAAUGUAGUAUGUCAAAGUGUGUAAAUAAUUUAUUUCUUUAGCUGAGCGCUUUCUACAUAAACGUGAUCAUCGGAGCUAAUGGUCAAAUAGUAAAAUGUACCGCCACAAUUGAGGUGUAAUCAUGUGCAUCUUAUGAAUAUAAAUGUGAUUUUUGAUUGCAAAUGCUAACUUCUUUGUCCUUUGUACAACACCAAACAGUAAAAAAGAGAAAAAACGGCCACAUACACGUUGCACAAACACAUAAAAACUUUUUUCAUGGUAUGGGUGUAGGCAUCACCCAUCCAUUCUUGGCCUAGUAGAGACAGCUGACUGACAAAGUCGGAUAUUCAAAUCUGCUUUUAUCUGUUCUGCGUUGAUGUUUGACAGCUGACAUUAAAAUAUGAAUAUUUUUAACAUAUUGAAAGGAAAAUUGAAAAUUUUUACAUGAAAUUGACAAGGAAAUGUACCAUAGAUGUUUGUACUAAUCAACUAAUAAAUUAAUUGAUAACAUGAUUGAUUUUAAGACUAAUUGGCCCAACAUACAUACACACCGUGUUAGAUUAAAAAAUAAAAACAAAAAAUAAUGAGAAAGAUCAAUUUUAAUUAUGAGUUCUCGAAUUCAAUAUUCCAGAAGAUAUUAGAUUAUUGAAAUUAUAGAUUGAGAUAAUAUUAGAUUGUUGUUAUUUAUCAUCUUUUUGUCAUUUAUGUAAGAUGUAAGUCAUUGAAAUAACCUUGACUGGGUGUAUGGAUAUUUUCAAUAUGGGUGUACAAGUCAGUCAGCUGUCUCUACUAGGCCAAGAAUGGAUGGGUGAUGCCUACAUCCAUACCAUGAAAAAAGUUUUUAUGUGUUUGUGUAACGUGUAUGUGGCCGUUUUUUCUCUUUUUUACUGUUGGGUGUUGUACGGAGGACAAAGAAGUUAGCAUUUGCAAUCAAAAAUCACAUUUAUAUUCAUAAGAUGCACAUGAUUACACCUCAAUUGUGGCGGUACUUUUUACUAUUUGACCAUUAGCUCCGAUGAUGACGUUUAUGUCGAAAGCGCUCAGCUAAAGAAAUAAAUUAUUUACACACUUUGACAUACUACAUUUUUAUUUCCUUUAUUCAUUUAAGUGUGUACAAACGUAUCAGUCUUUCAACUACAAUUGUCUAUAAAACACUAAUACGAAUAGUGCUAACACAUGGAGCAGAUACGUGGCCACCUACAUAGAGCGACCAAGAACUGCUUAAACGUUUCGAGCGAAAAAUUGUAAGAAGAAGAUAUGGAGAAAUAAAAGAGCAAGGUUUAUGGCGCAGGCGUUGCAACUCUGAGUUGUAUAGAAGUUUCGGAGAAUCUAAAGUUGUAAAAUUCAUGCACACCUUUGAUGGAUAUGGCAUGUUAUCAGACGAUAGGAAGGUGCAAUAGUCAGAGAAGUUUUUAAUCGAAGAGGACCGAUGGGACAAGCCAGAGGAAGACCGAGACUUAGGUAUCAAGACAACUAUUUUGAUCUUCUUUAGCUUUUGGUUGAGAUCUAGUUCUCUGUUUGUUAUUUCUCUUACAUGUCAGCUGAUAACUUCAAACUUUUUAUAUACCAAAUUCUUUGUCCUUGACGUACCUUGUUCGACUUUUUAUAAUUUCGUCCGACUCUUCUUCAUUUCUCUUCUCUUUCUCAUCUCAAAGGUAAGUCUUCUACUAAGGUACCAAAUUACUGUCUCUCUUGUUUAUUUAAACACUCUGUGUAUAUAACAGAAUAUAAUAUUAUAGUGCUAAUCAGUACAUUUUAUAUCGAAGAAAAUAUUUUUGCUACAUCCAAUUUUAUAAUUGUAAUUCUUUAUUUGGUCAUUUAUUAUUCUGUUGUAUGUAAUAAUAGGUUUGUUCGUAGUACGAUCAGCAACUGUUGCCAACCAUCAGAAGCAUGUGCGUUCGUAGUCUACUAACGCUAACUGUUAACUGUGCAUCGCUAACAGUUAACUGCGCAUGCGUCUGAUGGUUGGCAACAGUUGCUGAUCGUACUACCAACAAACCUAAUAAAAUGCUUUUUGCAACUACAAAGGUAAGGGUUUGUGUGAAUUUUUUUGUAAAAAAUUGUAUUUAUUGUUUUAUACAUCAGGAAGUUGCACAUCAAUUCUUAAAAUACAUUUUUAAUGUUGUUAAAUUUA